AUGAAGCAAAAGGAGAGAUUGUUCCAGGAAAGUUGUAUGUGUUCAAGCACCGCCGGGGGGAGACAAACGCAUCCGGAUGACUCACGUCGAAGCAGAGAAAUCGACGCCUCUGCGACGACUACCCAAAAUCCUCUCUUGGCCGUGGCCACCCAGUGCGUGCUCAAGCACGCUAAUGGGACGUGCAUGAAUAAUUAUAAUUUCCAAGAAAUGCUCGGAAGAGUCGUCAAUCAAACACGUGACGUCACCACUACAGCCAACCACACGUCCACAUCGUCAGCGACAACGUCGAGCGCUAGUUCAAGAAGAGAUAACUCUGCUACAGUCCUUGAUUUUUUAAACAGUGUUAGCGCCAUGGGUAACAGCAGCGGAUGGCCAGACCAAGUGAAGGACUGGACGAGUGAGAUACACGGGAUCGUCCACCACAGUACAGAGAUCGACACACACACGAGAACGGUUAUAACGCGAGCGCUCGUCACCAUAUCCAGGGUCUCUUCCGUGGAUCACGAAACCUUUUAUGUGAGAUUUUGUAAAUGUUAA